UUUUCUGAACGUUCAUCGACAGGAACAAGCACAGCGAUCGUAUUCACUACCGCGUCCAGGUCCAAUUCCUAUUCCUACACGAAUCCUCUCGACCUUCCCGCUGAAGCCCCUAUAUUAACUGCCACUGGAUAGACCUCCGGAGCACGAGAACGCUGCCACGGCUUCCUCGACCCUGGUGACGCCGUCGCUGCUCUCUACAGAUUAAAAUGACGAGGCAUACAGUUUGCAAAAGAACAUCCUCAAACCAUAUCCACGGGAAACCAAUCACGAAUGCAAGAUCAAACAUUAAAUUGGAAGACCUUCCACAGGUAUGUCAAAUUUAUUUUCUGUGUGAAUGUUGAGUAUUGAUGGAAUUUCUAAUACUAAGGGAUAUAUAAUCACUGAAAAAAAUAGCGCGCUAUAACGCCGCUAAUAGCACGCUAUAGCAUAUAGAGAAUUGUCUCGCUAAAUAAAUCAACGUAUAAUGCCUCGCUAAUAGCACGCUAUAGCGCGCAAUAGCACGCUAAUAGCAUAUUUUCAGGGGCCACGUUAUUUUCUGUAGCGCGCUAUUUUUUUCAUUCAUAUAUUAUGUUGAUGCUCACAGGAUGUGCUCUGCACAAUUGUAUUGAAGUUGCCUCCUAAAGAGGUCUCAAGGGCUAGUGUUUUGUCAAGUAGUUGGAGAUAUAUCUGUGCUACUUGUUGCUAUAAAUUAUGUUUCACUGUUCCUGCUGGGUAUCCCCAUCGUAUUCUUGAAAGAAAAGAAUACUGCCAACGCAUGCAGGAAUUCAUCAAUAAUGUUAACGCGGUAGUGAGAAAUUGCCAUGGCAAGUUGAUUGAAGAAUUCAAUAUAAAAUUUCAGUUUGACAGCAUGUUCGUUGAUCAUCUGAAUGAUUGGGUUAAUUUUGCGGUAUCACCGCAGAUAAGGAAGAUAGCUUUCUACUUAUGUCCAGUUAACCUGGGGGUUUUGGAUCCUGAUCAUUACAUAUUUCCAUUUCACCUCUUGGAUAGUGAAAGCAUAUCACGUCUAGAGUGCAUUCAACUUAGCUUUGUAUCUUUGGGACCACCAUCGGAAUUCAGUGGUUUCCCAAGCUUAAGAAAGCUUGACCUAGAAUUCGUGGAUAUCACUAGAACGGAUCUUGAAGUUAUAUUGUCCAAUUGCUGUUAUCUUAAAUGGUUAAGCCUAGUCAGAUGCUAUGUGAAGGACGAGCUAAAGUUGGAUCGUCCGUUGUCCAACCUUCGACACCUAGCAGUUGUAUGGUGUGACAUAACCAGGAUAGAACUUCCAAUUCUGAAACUGGAUACAUUUGUAUAUCAUGGACACAUUGUUCCAAUUGUUAUAAAUCGAGAUUCCAUGUUGGAAAAUGCACAACUAUGGCUCUUCAAGGCAAAUUUCGAUGAUGCUGUCAGUGUAGUUCUCAAUGGUAUUCCGAGGGUGCAAAAUCUGACGCUACAAAUUUUGAAACUGGGAAUAGAGAUGCAACCACUGUUGAAUAGCACAUGCAUGUUUUCCCAUCUUAGGUGCUUACAGUUGUUAUUGGGUAUAACACUUGUAGAUAUAAACAAACUUCCCCGUGUAGUUUCCAUUCUGAGAGCAGCUCCAUCAAUUGAGAAGUUAGAGAUCCAUUUUUCCGGUGGUAGUCAUCUUUGUUUAGGGGACAAGGGUACUGUGGACAAGCCACAGUACCUUGAGCACUGUGAAUAUAAUUAUCUGAAGAGUGUGCAUAUGACAGGAUAUAAAGGGGCAGAAGGUCAACUUGAAUUUCUUGUGCAUGUUGUGGAAAAGGCCCCUGCGCUGGAGGCAUUAACUGUGGACACAGCUCUAGUGCUUCACGAUGAUGCUUAUGUACAACAUUUUUGCGGAAAAAAUGGAUGCUCCAACCGCGCUGCCCUGCACGCUAGAUCUUGUCUGGGUGCAAUACUUUCACCAAACGUGAAGUUUUGUGUUAUGUAGGUAGGCUGCU